AUGAAUCCUCUCAGCAACAAGUUUUUGGGACUUUUUGUCAUUCUCGUUGUAAUGCUCGCUACGUUGACGGUUUCCAGCCCAGUUCCAGAACUCGAUAAACGAACUCCCGUUCUUCACGUUUCAUCUCCAGGCCCAGGUCUCCGUGCCAUUAAAUCCAUACAAAAUGUCAGUUGGUGGUGUAAUGAUUGUAAAUCAACCGACAAAGUUACAAUUCUGGUGAGAAACGCCCGCGCCGCUAUAUUCGCUACGUUUACUGGCAAAAACGCUAAUACUGGCACAAAAGACUUUGUCAUCGACCCCAAAUGGGCUAGACCAGGGUUUUCGUACUUUAUUCAAGUGGUGCUCCAAAAGGAUAUAUCCGUCCGUGGAGAUAGUAGUUCAUUCGAGGUGUUUGCGACCAAGGGAUAA